AUGGCGCCCUGGGGCUCCCCCUUUGGCGUCUCUCCUAGGGUCUCCGGGUUCCGGGGCGCUCUCCUGGGGGCGCUCUCUAGGUCUUCUCAGGGGCUCCUGGGGCUCUCGUGGCGCAGCGGCCAAGCUGGGUCGCUGGACGCCGAGGAACAAGAAGCCCUCGCACAGGACGAUCAGAACGAAGAGGACGAGGACGAAGUCCCGAAAGACUUGAGAAGGAAAGAAAAGCCUUUGCCUGACGGUGUCCAGUUGCUAAAUGAUAACCGUGGCUGGAACCAGAAGGAAGACAAGAACAUCCAAGAGAGCGAAACGGGGAAGAAGGACAAGGCUGCCCGGGGCAAGAAGCGCGCAGACGCAUCUAAAAAGAAGGUGUCUGAAAAGAAAGUGACGCCCCGAGUGAAUGCUAAGCCCUCGUCUGAAGAGAAGGUGACGCCCCGAGUGAAUGCUAAGCCCUCGUCUGAAGAGAAGGUGACGCCCCCAGUGAAUGCUAAGCCCUCGUCGGAAGAGAAGGUGACGCCCCCAGUGAACGCUAAGCCCUCGUCGGAAGAGAAGGUGACGCCCCCAGUGAACGCUAAGCCCUCGUCGGAAGAGAAGGUGACGCCCCCAGUGAACGCUAAGCCCUCGUCUGAAGAGAAGGUGACGCCCCCAGUGAACGCUAAGCCCUCGUCGGAAGAGAAGGUGACGCCCCCAGUGAAUGCUAAGCCCUCGUCUGAAGAGAAGGUGACGCCCCCAGUGAACGCUAAGCCCUCGUCGGAAGAGAAGGUGACGCCCCCAGUGAACGCUAAGCCCUCGUCUAAAGGAAAGGGGAACCAGUCUAAAGGGGAGGUGAUGGUCCCAGUGUACCUCAACAACUAG